AGCCCUGUGUCGUCACUGUCUGUCCCCGCUCGGUCCGUAUUGUGCAGCGCUCAGCGGUUCAGGCGGAGGGGGUCAGGCCGGACUCACAGAACAGUCGUCUCCUUCACACCAGUCGUCGGAUCCAUGUUUCAUUUAUCAGACAUGGAUUUCGACGCGUUGUUCAACGAGAAGACUUUCCAGUUCUCGGACUUCCAGGAGUUCACGUUCAUUCCUGGACACCAGAAGUUGAACGAGAGGGUGAAGAAGCGGCUGUACUAUGGCCUGGACACGGACGUCACCUUCGAUGCUCUCUCCUGCCCAGUUACAGAUAUUGCCGUUGAAAUCUUCCAGAAAUCGGCCCCAAGCCCGAUCAGGAAGCUCCAGAAGAAGUACGCGUCACAUGUCGUCAGGGAGGCGUGUAUCUCCCCGUGCGCCAUGAUGCUGGCGCUGGUUUACAUCGAAAGGCUCCGACACAGAAACCCUGAAUACCUGCAAAAGAUCUCCUCCUCCGACCUCUUCCUGAUCUCUAUGAUGGUUGCCAGCAAGUACCUGUAUGAUGAAGGAGAGGACGAGGAGGUUUUCAACGAUGAGUGGGGGGCGGCCGGGAAGCUGGACGUCCAAACUGUCAAUAACCUGGAGAUGAACUUCUUGAAUGCCAUUGAGUGGAGCCUUUUCACGGAGCCGAAUGACUUCUUUGACAUAUUAAGUCAUCUGGAAACCAGCAUCGCGGAGCGGCAGGGGAUGAAGCGCGGCUGGUUCACCUACACUGACCUCUGUGUGCUGCUGGAACAAGCUGCCUGGAGCCAGGCCCUCACAGCCAUCUACCUGCACUUUACCAAGGUGACCUGUAUGCUCGGCCUGGUCUAUCUGACCAGCGUGACAGGCCUCAUCGCCACCAGCGCUGUGCUGCACCAGCUCCCUCUCUCCACUGCCGGUCAGUCCCCACUCGCACCCCCGGCUGACAUCUCCACGAGCUUCCUUCAGACCUCAGACCUCAAACCAGAUGCUCCUGUUGCAGCCCAGCGCCCUCCCUGCUGCGUUCCGGCCAACGAGAGCCUGAAUCAAGCAGUUACUCCUGAAAGCGGUCAGCACCACGUACCAAAUCCGCCAUCGGCUUCGGCGCAGACGUCGGUCUUGUGUCUGUGGGGCUCCCUCCUCGCUUCCAUGGGCCACAUACAUCCUGAACAUAUGUCUGAUGUGGGAACCUCUCCAACCUGGUCGGCUGCUUCCUUCUUCUGUCCCGGCUGUCUUGCGACCCUCCCGCCUCUUCACUGCGAACUUAAAAACACCUCAGCACUCUUCGCCCGCGGCUCCCCUGACAGCCUUCAGCAUCAUGCACCGCUGCCGGCGUCUGACCUCCUCAGGGCCUCCGAACUGAACUCCCGCCUGGGGGCGUUACCCGCCGUACAGCUGGGCUCCUGCCAUCCAGUGUCUUUGUUACCUAUGGAGAAAGCCCAAGCUCUCCUCAUGCCCGGCUAGACACUGGGAAGCUCCCCUGCUGCCAACCUGUACUAACAGACUCUGGACAAUUUACAUCAACUACUUUCAUUUGUUUGUUUAUUUUUCCAGGUCUAGAAUACAGGUGUGAAGGAAACUGGCUCAUUACAGUCACUAGUUAGUUUGACAGCACAGCCCAGCGGGAGAAUUCACUUAUAGCUCAAUGCUGCAGAAUACACUUGCCAUAAGUUAACACGCCAUAGUUCGCAGUAAAUGCCCCGCAACUUGUUUUUGCUGCAGAGAAGGAAUUACAGGAUGUUUUAUAUCGUUGUUUUGGCUUCAACCAAACUCUUUUACUACUCAUUUGAAAGUUCAGAGUGAGGUGGGUGACGGUAGGACCUUUUUAGUUGGUGUGUUUUGAGUUGCUGAAAGUGUACGAAGGUUACACUGCAUAUCUGGAGGGUGAGAGUUUUUAUUGCGUGGUGUGAAAAAGGGACUGAACCAGUUUAUUUUGCAUACUAAUAUUUGGUUUAGCCAUAAUUGCUUAGUGUUCUGACAUGUUCACCUCAGACGCUCACACACAAAGCUGCAAGCACUGAUUUGGAUCACCGGGUUCUUUUUAUACACGUGUUCUUAUUUGUGAAACUAAAGAAACAGUUUGAACACAAACUGUGUCAUCGUACCUCAGUGUCAUUGGCCAAACAUUGAUCAAUAACACUCAACCUUUUUAUUCUGGUUGUUUUUUUUCACACACACUCUUUUCUUUUCAUAGUAAAACAUGUAUGUGGCAACAUCUGCACUUCUGUAACAGGGUAAUGUUCAAUGUUCAAAUGUUAAAGUCCAAUAGGGAGAAGGUUCCUUUUUUCAACCUACACUUUCGAGUUGGUUUCCGGUUGCUGUUUUUGAAGUGAACAUUUAAAUACAAUGUUAAAGUAUCUUCGUCGUUGCGGUCUGGAAUUUGCACAUCUGUCUCCAUUCUCAUCGCCACAGCUCACAUGGUCAAACUCCUUGGACCCCGGAGAAGAAAACAAAUACAAGGACGUGAUUGUUUUUCAGUUGCACCCGGUCCCUGGGAUGUUUAACUUUGUUAUUGAACCUUUUGAGCAAAUUGCCGUGAGCGUUUGAGUUUGAUAAAAAUAAGAACAAACGCCUUUUAAUUUUGUAAAUGCUGUAAAAAAAAUGCAAAUAUUGUAAAAAAAACAACAAAUUCUGUAGAAAAGACAGAACUAAUAAAGAACGCAUUACUUUGGGA